AUGUCGCAAGUCCCCGGAACCAACAAGACCACCAACGACGUGUCCAAGGACGCUCAGAACCUGGCCAACGACGCCUCGAAGCAGGCUUCGCAGCUCGGCAACGACGUCUCGAACAAGGCGAGCGACCUGUCGUCGCAGGCUCAGCAGUCGGGCGACUCGCUCGUCAAGCAGGCCUCUGAACUUGCUUCCAACACCAUCGCCUACGUGCAGCAGACCGCCGGCUCGCUGCUGGGCCAGGGCAAGGAGCACGCCAGCUCUGCCGCCGACCAGACCAAGUCCGCUGCCGACGACGCCGCCAACGAAGCCUCCAGGAAGACCGACGCUGCGGCCAAGGAAGGCGAAAAGUCGGCCGAGGAGGCCAAGCAGACCCUCAUCGGCCUCACCAACCAGGCGCGCGACCUCGCCUCGCACACGCUCGACUCGGCCAACCAGUACAUCAAGCCUGCCGAGGACAACGCUGCCGGUCUUGUCAACCAGGCCCGCGCCACCGCCGCCCACGUCGUCGACCAGGUCUCGCACCUGCUCGCUGCUGGCCAGCAGAAGGCAGGCGAGCUGGCGGACGAAGCCAGCAAGCAGGCUGGUGUCGCACAGAGCAACGCUAGUCAGGUUGCCGGUGAUGUGACCGACGCUGCAUCGAAGAAGGCUGGCGAGCUGCAGGGCAGCGCACAGAGCGCUGGAGAGUCGGCUAGCAAGGCUCUGAGCGACGCUGCGGCUCAGGCCAAGGGCACUGUUAAGGGCGCCACCGGUGCCCAGUAA